AUGAAGUUAUUUAACAAACAUGUUUCUUCAUGUUCAUGCAAAAAUAUUGCAGAAUUCGGAGACUCUGCGCGUGCGCGAAAACUGUACGCGGCAGACUCGGACGAUGACGAGGAAGAGGAACUGGAAGCAAACCCCAAGCUCGCGGCAGGAAAUGACCUACCACGACGCUACGGGGAGUUUCCCCUGGAAUUUGCCUCUACACCUAUCUGCGAUAUUGAUCCAUAUUACGCCCAUAAGAAAACAUUUAUCGUUAUCAGCAAAGGGAACACAAUAUACAGGUUCUCUGCUGAGAAGGCAAUGUGGCUCCUUUCUCCCUUUCAUCCCGUCCGAAGAAUCGCCAUCCAUGUUUUGAGUCAUCCUUUGUUCUCAUUCGCGAUCAUCUGCACCAUCCUUGUCAACUGCUACGUUAUGAUUGAGAAGGACACUGAGUACACUGCUUCAACAGAGGUCGUCUUUACCGCUAUAUACACAUAUGAAAGUGCAGUCAAAUUGCUAAGCAGAGGGUUCGCUCUGGAAGGAUUUACUUACUUGAGAGAUGCCUGGAAUUGGCUUGAUUUUGCAGUCAUAGGCAUGAGCUACGUGACAAUCGCCAUAGAUUUGGGUAGCUUCAGUGCCCUCAGGACGUUUCGUGUGUUCCGAGCUCUGAAAUCUGUUGCUGUUAUACCGGGGCUAAAGACGAUCGUGUCGGCUAUAGUUUACUCGGUCAAGAACCUCAGAGAUGUGAUCAUACUGACUAUUUUCGCGCUUGCGGUCUUUGCGCUUUUAGGUUUGCAAAUUUAUAUGGGAACACUCUCACAGAAGUGUGUACGGCAGUGGCCUUAUGAUGACGAAGAAGAAUCCCAGCUAUGGGGAAAUUUUAGUGAUGAGUCCUGGGACUACUUUAUGCACAAUGAGACUAAUUGGUGGAGGGACGCUGAUGAUAAUUUUGGAAUGUGUGGGAACAAUUCUGGAGCUGGUAAAUGUCCAGACGGUUUUAUCUGCUUAGCUGGGUAUGGACCGAACCCUAACUAUGGCUACACCAGCUUUGAUAAUUUUGUGACAGCAUACCUUUGUGCCUUCAGACUCAUGACACAGGAUUAUUGGGAGAAUUUAUACCAGAUCACUCUGAUGACGAGUGGUCCGUACCAUAUUCUCUUCUUUAUCUUCAACAUUUUCCUCGGUUCCUUCUACCUCAUUAAUCUCAUCCUUGCUAUUGUCGCCAUGUCCUAUGAUGAACUGCAGAGACAGGCGGAAGAGGAAACAGCCAGGGAGUUUGAGGAGUUAGAAGCUAUUAAAGAAGCAGAGGAGGCUGCUUUGGCGGAAGCUGAAGCAGCCGCUGCUGAAGCCGCUAUGGAGGCGGCAAUGGACUUCGCGGAAGAUUUUGAAGACGAUAAAGGCGGAGGUGCAGGAAUCUCAGAACAACUCUCUCAUUCUCACAUACCAGAAUCUAAUCUCCAAUCCCCUAGUAAAGAAUCAGUAUCAUUUCCUUCGAAGUAUCCAACUAAAAGUAUUGAAGGGAUGGAGGGUAUGGACCCCGAAGGGAAUACAGAUAGAUUAAGCGUUCGCUCUGCCACCCUCAGCCUCUACAAGUCCGAAGAGAGCCUGGAAAGGCCGAAUGGGAAGAGUUUGCCAGCCUCACCAUUUAUCAGACGUCCUUCUAAAAGUAAUUCAUUCCAUUCGCAUGUCCGGCUCCCAGAGAAAUAUGAUUCUAGAAAACCCCUAGUCCUCUUCACAUACCUAGAUGCUCAAGAACACCUUCCAUACGCCGAUGAUUCAACGGCGGUAACGCCUAAAUCUGAGAUGAAUGGGGGUAUAAUCGUUGAUACACCAACAAAAAUGGGAUUGAGUCGGAAGUACUCCUACAACUCCCACACUGGAAAGGACUCCUACACCUCGCAUACAGAUCUCCGGUAUCCUGGAACUAAAACUGGAACUCUUCAAUCCAGGAUGGCUCUAAUGUUUGCUGAAGGGAAGCCUAACACUAUCCACCUGGAUCCUAUCACUAGUCAACCUGACAGGGAGAUCAUUUAUUUAAUUCAGAACUUUUACCUUUUUCAUUUUGUCAAUGUUGUCAAAAUAUGA